AAAUUAUUUUGGAAUUUGAAAAGCGUUUAGGAACUUUUGCCACAUUCGUAUCUKUCCAUUUCAGGUUGGCACAACUGACUGUCAACCUUUUCAUUGUUGUCCUCCUAUCACGUCUACUUCAUUAAGAUGGGUAGACGUCCAGCGAGAUGUUAUCGUUACUGCAAAAACAAACCCUACCCCAAGUCACGUUUCUGUCGUGGUGUGCCCGACCCAAAAAUCCGUAUUUUUGACUUGGGCAAGAAGAAAGCAACAGUGGACGACUUCCCACUUUGCGUUCAUUUAGUCUCUGACGAAUAUGAACAAUUGAGUUCGGAAGCUCUUGAAGCCGGACGUAUUUGCGCCAACAAAUACCUUGUUAAGAAUUGUGGUAAAGACCAGUUCCACAUUCGGAUGAGACUCCAUCCUUUCCAUGUUAUCCGCAUCAAUAAAAUGUUGUCAUGUGCUGGAGCUGAUAGGCUCCAAACUGGGAUGAGAGGCGCUUUUGGCAAGCCCCAAGGUACUGUCGCGCGUGUCAACAUUGGCCAACCAAUCAUGAGUGUGAGAUCUAGCGACAGAUUCAAGGCUCAAGUCAUUGAAGCUUUGCGUCGUGCGAAAUUUAAGUUCCCUGGACGUCAGAAAAUCUACGUCUCUAAGAAAUUUGGUUUUACCAAAUAUGACCGUGAGGUUUAUGAUAAGUUGAAGGAGCAAGGAAGGCUAGCACCUGACGGUUGCAAUGUUCGGUACAGACCUGAACAUGGACCUCUCGCCGCAUGGAAAAAGGUACAAGAAGAGCUGCUUGCUGUUUAAUUUGUACAUUUUUAUUUCUGAAUAAAAAAUACAAGGUA